AUGUACAUGUCUCAGUGGUUCCGACCACGCCAGCUUUCAAUUCAACUUGGUGUGCGCAGAGCAACUACUGUUGUAUUAUUUCUCUCCAUUUGCUUCCAUGGUUGGGCAGCGAGAUAUGGAAUGAGGACCGUGUUGCUCUUCACCACCCCUAAAUUCAUCGGUCAGGCUUGUGGUAGCUUUGGCAAGUGGAUCUUAUUUAUGGGCCGAGAACACCCCGCCAAGUCCCCAUGA